GCUUUGGACAAAAUGGCGGUUUUUAGUGGAACGGUAUUAUUUGUAUCGUAGUUGGAGCAGUCACACUGCGCGAUAAAAAAAGUGCAGUCACGGUCACACUGGCGAGCAGAAUUUCAUACGUUUUUGUUUCCUUUUGGCCAUAUUUAUUAUUGUUAAAAUUGGAGCAAUGCCAGCUGCUGUGCGCAAGUUCCGCCGCGAGAUCAGUGAAAUCAGCUGCUGCCUGAAGUACCUUCUGUUUGCCAGCAAUGUAAUCCUGUGGCUCUCGGCCCUACUCGUCCUCUCCGUUGGCAUCUGGGCCUGGAGCGAGAAGGGCAUGUUCCGCAACAUUACUCGGCUGCACUUUAUCGCCCUGGACCCCGCCUUCGUGCUCAUCAUCCUGGGAGGCGUCACCUUCCUACUGGGUUUCAUGGGCAGUGUGGGCGCCUUGCGUGAGAACACCUGUCUCCUGGGGGCGUACGCCAUCUUCCUGAGUGUCCUGCUUAUUGCAGAGAUCGGCUUCUGUGCCGUGGCCUUCGUGCUCAAGGACAAGGGCUGGAUCAAAGACCAGGCCACGGAGGGACUAAAGGCCUUCAUCCGCCACUAUCGCGAGGACGCAGACCAGCAGAAUCUCAUUGACUGGAUCCAGGAGGAUUGGUUGCAGUGUUGCGGCAUUGAUGGUCCAAAGGACUGGGACGGCAACAACUACUUUAACUGCUCGUCCAUCGCUAUUGGCAGCAGGGAGGCGUGUGGAGUGCCCUUCUCCUGCUGCCGCAGGCGUCCCCAGGAGGUGAUCAAAAACAAGCAAUGCGGAUACGAUGUUCGAAAGGAGGGAUAUCCGGUGGAUAGGAAUAUACAUGAGCGCGGCUGCUUGCGCGCUGGCGAGGAUUGGCUAGAGGCCCAUCUCAUAAGUGUGGCGAUCGGUUGCGUGGCUCUGCUGGUCCUGCAGGGCAUGGAGUUGUCCAAGAUAAUCUAUGAAAAAGGCUGUGUUCAAGCAGGCGAAGAAUGGAUGGAGAACAACUUGAUUAUUAUUUCCACUACUGUUAUAAUUGUGAUGUUUUUCCAGAUUUUGGGCAUUUGCUUUGCCCAGAACCUGCGUGCCGAUAUCUACACUCAAAAGUCAAAGUGGCACUGACAAAUGGCUCUGCCUGCUCCAACGGCCAUUUAGAAGGACACCCAAGACAGUGAAGGAUUGGGGAACUUCGAGGUAAGCCACGUGGAGCAUACACCACCACCAACUUCAAACAAGAAUCUGUAACUACUCAUCUACGCUCCGGUUAGUUAACUAUACUAUAAAUUCCUUGUAAACCCGUACUAGGGUGGAUCGAUUUGGAUGCACGAAAAUCGAGGGUAGCAUCUAGUCUUUGAACAAUUUUUAAUGCUAUUGCCAUAAAAACUAUGACUUGGAAGUUACGAGUGGCCCUCAGCUUUUGAUGGCAUAAAAUGUUCAUUGAUUAGAUGGUCCAUGAUUUAUCUACUUUUUGCAUCCAUAAACUCGACCCAGUUUAACCCAUAACCCCUUUUAUACUCAAGAGUACGCUAUGUGUCUAACUAAAGCAAACGCAUUCCGUCUUCGUGGACAUUGACUAAUAUUAACUAGGUUGCCAAAUUUGUUGCUGUUUUUACGUCGGCUUCCCUUUGCCCAAGAACAAAUAAGAAAAGAAAAGAGCAAAACAUUUUAAAUAGAUUUUCUAAACAUUUUACAAGUAAAGUGAAAGGAGGCAUAGGAGAAAUGAAAAAUUUAUCUUGAAAUGCAGCUGUGAUAUAUUUUUAAAGAAAAGUAUAGAAAAACCGAAAUCAAAUGCAACAAUUUCCAACAAAUCGAAUGAACAUAACACGAAUCUCAUUCCUAAACUGAACAAAUACAACCUAGCACCACGUAUAUUUGUCUUCAAAAUAAUAGUUAUUUUUAUAAGCGAAUAACAAAAUACAGUUCUGUGAAAAUGUCAAUAUCACAGAUCGAAAAAUGGAAAAAAGCAAUACCACUUGCGUAUGAAUAUUAAUGAGCUUGAACUAAAUUUAUGCACAAAUGGUUAGCUUUACAGCAUAUAAAUAUAUUUUUGCAACAAGCAAUUAUAAUUGAGUAAAAAGUAAGCCAAUUGCUGGUUUAAUUGCUUAAAAACGCACUUGUAACAUGAUUCACAAGGAAAACAUUGAUUCGCUCUUGUACCUUUUUAAAUCUAUAUUGCAAAGAGAUGAUAUUAUAAUUUAUACGAUUUCGCAAACAUUCUAAUCAAAAGUAGUGAAGAUUAUAAACGCCACUGCCCCGAACAGAGUAUUACGUUUUUGUGUUCUCCAAAUAGCUGGAAGGUCCAAUGAACUGUCACUUAAAUAACUAUAGAACUUGCCAAUCUUAGUCAGAUUAAAAAAUAACUAAUUUAACUAACAGUAUCCAACCGUUUUCCUAAACUGUUUCAAACUUUAACAACUCAGUCUGGAAACUUAUAUUUAUACAACAGUUUAUACUUUUAUUGCUGUUCAAUAUUCAAUCGAAACACAACGCCUACAUUGCUGUAAUGCUCAAAAAGACGAUAGAAUUAAUGCUUUUACAUUAAAUACCAUUAGUACAUUGCAUGUUAAUAAUGAUACAAAAUGAGCCCAAAAACCUUCUAUGUACACGUGCAUUUAAACAAUUGGUCAGAUGUGAGAGCUAAGGAAUUUUUUGUAUUUCUAAACAAUGAAAUUUUUAUGGCAGCUACGAUACAAAGUAAUAAUUCAAAAUGAAGUUGACAAAUUGCUUAUACACUGCUCAAAAGAGAGAGAGUUUUUGAUCAAAGUGGGCAUUAAAAUUGAAACCUAUUUGGUAUACAUACAUAUAUCCUAUCGGUUUUACUUUACAAACAUCUGGCCAAAUUACCCUGUGCAAUGUUUAAAGAAAAAACUAUGCUAAUUAAAUCGAGAACAAAAUACGAUUAAUAAUGUGUAAAAACACAAUAGUUAACAUUCUGCUAUAAUGGUAACGCAAAAGUCAAUUGAAAAUAAGCUGGAGAUCAAAUAGAGUCAGUCAUGCAAAGAUCAACAGCAAUUUAUUAAGGCGUAUAUAAACAUAGAUUUGUAAGAGUUAGAAAAUUUAUAAUAAAGCUUAACGAAGGUUGUUGACACAAGUAUCAAUCAAAAACGCUUCAAAUAAAGAAAUACCGAGUAACAA